CCACCUCCCCCUUCUUCCUCCCCACCCACCCGCCGCCGCCGUCGCCGCCCUUCGCCGCCGCCAUGACGACGAGGUUCAAGAAGAACCGGAAGAAGCGCGGGCACGUGUCGGCCGGGCACGGGCGGAUCGGGAAGCACCGGAAGCACCCGGGAGGGCGCGGGAACGCCGGCGGGAUGCACCACCACCGCAUCCUGUUCGACAAGUACCACCCGGGCUACUUCGGCAAGGUCGGGAUGCGCUACUUCCACAGGCUCAGCAACAGGUUCCACUGCCCCGCCGUCAACGUCGAGCGCCUCUGGUCCAUGGUGCCCGCCGAGGCCGGCGCCGGCGCCGGCAAGGCCCCCGUCAUCGACGUCACGCAGUUCGGCUACACCAAGGUGCUCGGCAAGGGGAUGCUCCCCCCAGAGAGGCCCAUCGUCGUCAAGGCCAAGCUCAUCUCCAAGGUCGCCGAGAAGAAGAUCAAGGCCGCCGGCGGCGCCGUCCUCCUCACCGCCUAGGUACUCGGGAGCUAGGGUUCUUGGCUUCUUGCUAUCUAUCUAAAGUGUUAGCUUCUUUUUUUAUCUCUUGUUGUGUUGGAAGACAAAGCAAAGAAAGACUACUUUUGUGCUGUUGCUGCUGUUUUUUGUGUUAUGGAACAAAUUGAUGGUAUGGCUACUAAGAUCUGUGGUGGCUAUUCAUGAGUUUUGAUUGAAUUACAUGAUCAUGUAGGUUUAUGUCAAAUAUUUUUGUGCCGCA